AUGGCGGACACGGAAUGGUCGAGCCCGUCGACAGUUGUGGCUGUGGUGCGAGUGCAGGUGGUAACAAGUGUCGGUGUCACCCUGAUCGAUGUGCUUGCACGGACUGCGAUGAGCAUAACAAACUUCGUGGUGCAGACUACGACGCGUCCACGGAGCCGGAAGUAUACCAGCAGCAAGCAGCAGGAUCCCGGUUGGUAG